AUGAAUAACAAUAAUUUAGCACAAGACCUUAGAAAAUCCUUAGGUUUGGUAGAAGAAGCCCCUCUGCAUAUAGAUGACAAAACUUUUAAUGAUUUAGUCUCUACAAAAAGAACAAUGUAUAAAUCCAAUUAUCCUCAUAUGACAAAAGAAGAAUUUGUGCCUAGGGAUAACCCUUUAAGACCGGUAAUUAGCCCGACAACAUUUCUCAACUUAGAUUGUGAAAAACAUGCGUCUGAAAAAAUAGAUGAAUGGAUUACUAUGAUUAGAUUUACAGUCAAAUCAGGUGGUUACACUCCUGGAGGUGCCUACAAAUUGUGCAAAGCCACCAUGGUUGGAAAUGCUCAAAAAUACUGGGAAUCACUAAUAGCUCACACUCCAAUAAAAGAAGAAAUUGAUAGAGAAAUAUUUGCUGAUGGAGUUCUAGCUAUAGUGGUAGAUGCCUUGAAAAGAGAAUUUUGUGGUUUUUCGUUGUCUACAGAGUCAUUAGAAAAAGAACAAUCUUUAAUGGCUUUAAUGAAACUACAAAUCUGUGACAUGUGCUAUUUUGAUAACUUUGCCUGUGAAUUUCAAAAAUAUUAUUACAAUUUAGACUUGGCAGCCCAAAAUUACAUGUCAGAAUUAUUUUUUGCUAAACUCCCGGAUCCUUGGCCGGAAGUAGCAAAGACUGCAUUUCAACUUCUCCUAAACGAAGACAAAGUGGUCAAUGGUUUAGGAGGAAGGAUACAAGCAGUGAGAUAUGCUAUGAGAAAAGCAUGCACAGAACUUCAAAUUGAGUAUGUUCCAGGAAGAUAUGGAUGUUCUUCAGGAACAGAAGAAAAACCCAGAACAGGAUAUUCUUCAAAGAAGAAAAGUUUCAAAGGAUAUAGGAAGAGAAGAAUAUCGAGAAAGGAUAGAGAGGACAAGAGAAAGUCUGAUAGGCCAGGUAGGUUUAUUAGAAAAAGAAAUAACCUUAGAGACAAAGAUAGGAUAGAUGCGUUCAAGAAAAAAUAUGGUAAAGAACCAAAAUGUCCUAAGGGAAAACCGUUGAGCAACUGUUCUUGUUGCUGGGUGUGUGGCUCUAAGAGUCAUAAAGCUGAUACGUGUCCUCAAAAGAAUAAGCGAAGAGAAAAUCUUAGGAGAGUCUUCUUCAAAAACGAGAGUCUAGCAUAUGAACCAAUAGAUGAGGAAGAAUUUUCUGAUAUAGACUCUGAAAUAGAUUCAAUUUAUGAAGUAGUUUCUGAAUAUGAAACUGAUAAUGAUGAAUCUGGUUUAUGGACAGCUCAAUUAUUCAUGAUAAACACUACAGGAGCUGACAUGCUAUGA